AUGUCUUUAUUAAAUUUUUUUAAGAAGACCGAAGAUAAAGUACAGUUAGUUUCUUCUGACCAAGAUGAAAGUUUUGAAAUUGAAUAUGAUAUUUCAGACAAUAAUUUAGAACAUAGUUCAACUGAAACAAAUAAUUCCAGUAAUGAAGGAGUUGAAAAAUAUAUAGUUUCUUUACCUAAGAAUAACAAACAAAAAGCCAAAGCUCCUAUUUUAUUUCAUCAUAUUCGUAAUUCUAAAAAAAAGGUAUUUUAUGAUGUAAACAAAAAUAGAAUGUUCUAUACAUUAUGUAUGGCUCAUGGUCAAAAAAACGAAUUUGCUAAAGCAACUAAAGGAUCAAAAUAUUUUAAAAUUAGUGCACUAUCUGAACAUGUUGGUACUAAGCAACAUGAAAAAGCUUUUCGAUUAGAAAAUCAAAAAAGGGCAAUGAAAACUGUUACAAAUAAUGCUAUUAAUAAAGCUCAUCAACAUAUCAUUCAA